AUGGCAAUGGUUAUUAAAAGUAGAAAAAGAAAACGCCACGGUCAUACACCCGUGGAACAAAUUAGAUAUGCUCCAAUUGAUGAGAGGGAUAGGAGGAGGUUUGAGUACCUUAAUGAUAAAAUUUGGAAGAAUGAUGUUACUUGUGUCAAUAUGCUUAGGCUUAAUAGAGCAUCGUUCUUUCACUUUUGUAAACUUUUUAGGGAUAGAGGUUUAUUAGAAGACACUACACACAUGUGUGUUGAGCAGCAAGUUGUUAUGUUUUUGCACACAAUUGGCCACAAUGUUAGGAAUAGGGUAGUUGCUACUAAUUUUGGUAGGUCCGGAGAAACCGUUAGUCGGUACUUCAAUAAAGUGCUUCAUGCAAUUGGAGAGCUACGCAACGACUUCAUUAAGCCACCAUCAUCGGCGACGCCAUCUAAAAUUCAAGGGAACCCACGAUGGGAUCCUUAUUUUAAGGAUUGUAUUGGAGCUAUUGAUGGCACACAUAUUCGAGCGUCUGUUCCUAAGGAAAUGGAGGCUGCAUUUCGUGGUAGGAAGAGUUACACUACGCAAAAUGUAAUGGCGGCUGUAUACUUUGAUCUACGGUUCACAUUUGUUAUAGCUGGUUGGGAGGGAACGGCCCAUGACGCCUCAAUUUUACGAGAUGCUUUAGAACGCCCAAAUGGUCUUCGUGUUCCCGAAGGCAAGUUCUAUCUAGUUGAUGCCGGAUAUGGAGCCAAACCGGGUUUUCUGCCUCCUUAUCGUGGUGUGAGGUACCACUUGAACGAGUGGGGCAGCAACCCCGUAUAA